AUGAGCAACCAGAGCAAUCUUCAACCAAACUCCCCAGGUGAAUUAUUAUUAGCAAGCUUGCCUGAUGAUGUGUUGCUUGAUAUAUUAUACUAUUUGAAUCAAAUUGACACUAUUCUGCUAAGUUUAACAUGCUUGCGGUUCAAAGAGGUAACUCGAGCAAGGUUGUACUCUAGAAUAUAUGUUUACAGAGGAAGCAAACUCAUUCCCCGAAGUUAUUAUGUCAAGAACUAUACGGAUUUUACACAAAUUAGUUGGCAUACAUUCUCCCGAAUGUUGGAAGAUAAAGAAUGUCUUGCAUCAUGCAAAAUGGUAUACUUUGUGAAUGACGAUGUCUUAGACGUACCUCUCUUGGACAGGAUAUCUGAUAAAUUCCGAGAAUGUAUGAUUGUGAUUGAAAGAAUUCGGAAAUCCGAGGUCCAACGUUGGAUAUUAAGACAGCCCGAUUCUCCACUUAUAUCCAUCCACUGUAUAUCCAGUCCCACUACUAAAGUUGAUCCUGUGAGAUUAUACAUAAAGAAUUUAACAAUCUCAAUUUCCUCGGAGAUGAACUUACCCUAUGAGUUAAGUAAGUAUCCUAAUUUGGCGUAUCUAUUCAUUGAGAAAUUGCAAAAUUUACAGGGCCUCCCACAAAUCUCCGUUACGGGUCUUAGAAUCAGCGAACUUCGGGAAUUCAACAUUGAUGACUUUUGCGGUUGUUUUGAUAUAUCAAGACUCACCUCCCUUGAUCUUCUGAACGUCCUGCAAGAGAUAAUUCCAAUGGCACCACGUUUCAAAAGUCUUCGCAAGCUAUACAUAAGCAACUACCCACAAAUUAUGUCCGAGUUUGCUGAGGCUCUUCCACAAAACUCAUUAGUACACUUAACUAUUCCUCCUUCAAUGAUUCCUUCAUUUCUUCCGGUCGCUCUCCGCCAUAGUCUAUCCUUGAGAUGUAUUACUUCUAGAUCCAGAGCUUCUUUCAUUGUUCCGGGUGACUCAUCACAGGUAAGGAAGUUAUUCCACCAGUUUGAAUCGCACCUUGAUAUGUUUCCUAAAAUUCAAUACGUCAUCUGGAAACAUGUUGCGUUACAAGUUACGCGUGACGUCACUGGAAAUGCUUUAGGAUUCGCUCCUGUUGAUUUUCACCCCCUUUACUUCCCUUAUUAG